AUGAUUGCUACGAUCUGCAGAGACCGCAGGGGAUGCAUCCCGCUCGCAGCCCUUCGGCAUCCUCAGACCAUUCACUACACUCAGCACACCUUCACCCUGUGCCAGCUCGGGCCUGCACGGCUUACCUGCCUACGAAGAGCGGAAAAUUCCAAUUGCCCUUCGCCAUCCAUGGCGAAUGUGACGACCCUAGCGGUGCCUGGAGCCAUCCCACAAGGAACUCCAGGUGGCCGGAACCCAGGAGACUGGUCCUGCCAAUUCUGCAAGGCGGGGAAUUUCGCUCGAAACAUCUCCUGCAAAACCUGUGGUGCUCAGCGACCGAUCGCUGGGUCUUAUGGGACGCCCCUGCCAAACGCGGGGCAGACAGACCCGUUUGAGUCACCCACAGGACAGCCAGGAGACUGGAGCUGUCCCAAAUGUAGAGCUGUGUGCUUCGCAAGAAAUCCUGUCUGCGGCAGGUGCAAUUGCCCCAAGCCUGAGAGCAUCGAGGAGUACAACCUCCUCGCAGCUGCAGCAGUGGGUGCCAUUCCAGGCGUGAAGGCGAGUGUGAAGGGCUACGUGCCACCCACUGCAGAGCUGAAGACGGACGCGACAUCUCCCUGGGCAAGGCAGUGGGCGGCAGGACCCGCGGGUGGCAUGUUCGUCGGUGAGACGAACUUGCCGGAACCUUUUCUGCAGACCAUUCAUCCAGCUGCUCCAGCUCCCAUCGACAGUUUCAGAAGCCUCGUAAAGUGA